GCCAGUCCCUUUUUUAUUUGUACAUAACCACAACCCUGCAACAGUAGAGAGAAAAAACGGUCCAUUACCAUUCCAAUCAUAACCAAAGCAAAAAGAAAAAGAUAGUGGAGACCCAAAACAGAGAAAAAGAAAGAAUUGAAGAAACCAGAAGAGUAAAAUUUUGUUAAAGAAAAAAAAAAUGCAGAAUCAACAACAACAACAGCUACAAACACUGAUGCAAUCAACAAGUCAAAUUUCAGGGAAUUUGAGUUUUAAUGGGACAUUAACAAAGGAAGAUGAAGAAAUGUCUAAAUCUGCACUUUCAACUUUCAAAGCUAAAGAAGAAGAAAUUGAGAAAAAGAAACUUGAAGUUAGAGAGAAAGUUCAAGCUCAGUUAGGUCGUAUUGAAGAAGAAACUCGCCGUUUGGCCAUUAUUCGCGAGGAAUUAGAAGCAUUAGCAGAUCCAAUGAAGAAAGAAGUUUCAACGGUCAGAAAAAGGAUUGAUGCAGUCAACAAAGAGUUAAAACCUCUUGGACAAACUUGCCAGAAGAAGGAAAGAGAAUACAAAGAAGCACUUGAGGCCUUCAAUGAAAAACAUAAGGAAAAAGUACAGCUUAUAUCAAGAUUGAUGGAGCUGGUGGGUGAAAGCGAGAAAAUGAGGAUGAAGAAGUUGGAAGAGCUGAGCAAGAGUAUAGAAACAAUUCAAUGAAAAAUUACCUCAAAAAAAGCUCAGUGACUAAUUAGGUUUGUGUGAUAUAAUUAAGAUAAUCGAAAUUUCUAUUUAUAUAUUGGCUGUUUUUUGUGUUGGUUGGAUGUAUUCAAUUUUUCUUGUUUUUCUUGUUUUUUCCUGUUUAUUUUUAGCCUUUGAAGGAUGAUUGAUCAUCAGUUUCUAAUUUUAGGUUUUGUAAACAAGUUUGUAACUAAAACAGGUCUCAAGCUGUGGAUUCUUUUCUAUUCUCUUUUUCACAUGUGUC